AUGGCGAACCCUUCCCAGCUAUUCCUACUCGCCGAUCAUAUCAAGCUAUCUCUAUUAGAGCGCCAACGGGCCAUCUCCCUGGACCUCGAGCCCAAUUCCCAAGAUGGAGAAAUCUCGCGCUCCCUAGAGUCACUCCGAGAAGGCAUCGAUGCCGUGGAAGCCGACCAGACCCGACUAGCGAACUCGAACGACAGCGCAGGCGCCGCCGCCCUCAAAGACCAACUCGUUCCCCUUCAAAUGCAAUAUGAAGAUCUCGCAACCCAGUUUCACGGCCCCGACGCCACGGAGCCCACGGCGCAGGCGUCGCAAUCUUCCAUCCCCGAUCUCAAGCAGCCGGUCCCUCAACAUCCGCCUUCCAAAUCCGUCCGAUUCAUGGAUAAUUCCGCCGCAGCCGCAGCUGUUCAAGAUGAAAUUGACGGAGAAGAAGACCGCGAUCGCAAUAAUCUCUUCCGUCCAUACCGCGAUGAACCGUCGCCGUCACGACCCGACCAGUCCGACAUGGAUAAUCAACAAAUCUACGAUCAUCAUGCUCAGACUAUGCGCGAUCAGGACGAUCAGCUCGAUCGCCUGGGUGAAUCGAUUGGCAGACAACACCAGCUGAGUAUCCAGAUCGGAGAUGAAUUGGAUGGCCAUGUUCAACUGCUGGAUGGGAUGGACGGGGACGUCGAGCGCCAUCAGACACGACUGAACGGUGCCAGGCGGCGAAUUGAUCGGAUCCGCCGCAAGGCCGGGGACAACUGGAGUAUGAUGACUAUUAUUGGGUUGAUCAUUGUUCUGGUCAUUCUGAUUGUGAUCCUGAAAUGA